AUGCCCGAUACAAUAUUCCCCCGCAAACGACCCCCUUCCCCGCAGAAUUGCAAAAAAUUCGACUCCUGGAACUCCUCCUCAACCGGUCACCAGAGACACCGAGCCGGCUACGCCGGAACAGCUACAUGGCGCGAUACCCGGGCCUUAAAACUAGAGCGACAGUUUCGGAGCGGAGAUUGUCUACGCGAGGAAGAUCAUGUUCCCUCGUCGCGGUCGCGCGCAUUCGAUGGGACAUGUGGAUCGCAUGAUCAAGAACACGAUCAGCUAGAUAAGAAGGAUACAUCCAUCAAUGGUGCUGGGGAGUGGAGAUGGGUCAGCGACGCAGAAGCCAAGCGCUCACAGUUAGGCGUUAGAGACAUCCGCAGUUUCAUGGGAGUGGGCAAACGGAGUUCCGGUGACGAGAUACGGACAAUUGAGAAAAAACAGAAAGUUAUAAGCCAUGCGCCAUCCAUGGGCCCGGGUGAUCGUGCAGUCUCGAAGUCGGUGAUCAACAUACCCACGCGUCCAUCUGCAGAUCCAUCUACCAAACCGUCCAAUAUAUUCGUCGGCACGACGGUCUUUAUCAACGGCUCGACCCUCCCGUUAAUUUCUGACCACAGAUUGAAACGUCUGCUUGUCGAUCACGGCGCUCAGAUCUCCAUUCACAUGGCGCGGAAGACUGUCUCGCAUGUGAUUAUCGGACAGCCAAAUGCGACAUUGAACGAGACUACUUUUGGUGCCGGAGGGGGCCUUGCGGCUAGGAAACUUCAGCAGGAGAUUGCGAGGGGUGGGUGGAAGGGAGUUAGGGUGGUUGGUGUGGAAUGGGUUCUCGAAAGCAUUAAUGCUGGAAAACGGCUUGCUGAGUCUCGGUUUGCCGUUUUGAAUGUUGCACCGAAGAAACAGCAGAGUAUUGCUGGGAUUUUUGGCCGUACUUAA